AUGGGUACCUUCAAGGGGCACGUGGUGCCAGGAACAUACUUCCUUGGCUAUUCCCUCUACUACUCAGUGCUGGUCUCUCUGGCCCUGCUACGGAAACAGAGGCUCGUCAAACCCCCUCUGCCCCGAAGAGAGAAGUGUGAGCGGGUGUGGUGUCAUCUGGGGCUUGUGGAAGGGUCCAUCAAGUUGUUAUGCCCCCUGGUCAGUAUCCUAGGUGAGCUCUUCUAUCCUCUGGGCGUGAAUCAUCUGAAGCUAAUAGAUUGGGAGGACCCUCACCGGUCAUUCGUGUACAAGGACUAUUGGCAGCAUAUCACCAUGUUUGGCUUCUUCCUGCUCAGCGGUGCGGUGGACAUCGUGAGCUGGUUUUGUCUGGCACGGCAGAUGGCGCCUUUGGAACAGGCCAUCGAGGCCCUGGCUUUCUAUGUGCUGAUGCUGCUGAUGGCCACUCAUGUGGAGAACAAGAGCGCCCUGGAGGUCCGAGUGCACCUUCUGCUCCUGGUGCCCACCUGCCUGUUGGCACUGGUGCUCACCAUCGAGGUCUGGGUCCCAGACCAGCCCCGGCUCUGGGUGCUCAAGGCCUGGAUGCGGCUGGUGUUCAGCAGCUGGCUGCUGCAGAUCGGCGUGCUGUUGUACGCGCCCCCCUCGGGACAGCCCUGGAGGUCAGAGAACCCCGAAGACCUUGCCUUUGUCACCAUCUUCUUCACCUGGCACCUGGUCUUAGGGGUUGCCAUCCUGGCAGUCAUCUACGGUCUCUACAGCCUCUGGCACCACCGCUGCUCCUCCUUCAUCCAGGUGUCAAGGGCCAGGUACCAGCCAUGCCCCACAGACCCAAGUGGGGAAGAGCUACUGAAGCCCAGGGUUAAAGCUGCGCUGUUGAGUGGGGGUGUCUAG